UUCUAAACCUGGCUUCUAACCUAGAUUUCUUGGAUAGCCCAGAUAUUUGCAUACAUCCCAUUUCAUAUUCCUUGAUAUUUGUAUACAUCCCAUUCCUUAACCCCUAGUUUAGGAUCCUUUAUAUCCAGGCAGUGUCACUUCAAUGAAGUUAUACUUGCAAUGUAUUUUGAUUUUUGGUAAGAUGCCAUGCAUCUUCUUGGGGAAAUGGGAACAUAAACCUUUUCUCAGUUAAGUACAACAAACACUACCAAGUCUCCUUCUGGUCUACCUUCUGGUUUUUUAUAGAAGGGAAGGAAGAUGGAAAGCUAAACAGAGAGACAGGUGUCCAAGCAAAGUAACAGAGGAAACAGAUGCCUUGCCACCCACAUACACACAGAAAAAGACGCACACAGACACAAAUAUCCCAGGAGAAACAGACUUUCCUUGUGAGACACCCUCCUUGUUGGCCCUUUAGGAUUCUACUACUUUAAGUGCCAGCCAGCUUGCACAGUAUGUGAUAGGCCCAAAAUGUGCCUCCAUGUUGACUUCCUGGCUUGCCAGCUUCCUGGAACAUAAAGGUCAGGACAGGCUGAAGUCCUCAUCACUUACAUCCUGGCCUCACUGGAGCACAUCAAGACUUUAGUAAUACUUGUUCAGUCCCAAAGCCUGCCUUACCAUUCUCCACAUUCCUGGAAAAGACAUUCAUGAAUCUGCUUCUAUUCACCGGUAUCAUUUCAAUCCAACAGGUGGUAUCUUACCUGCAGGACUAACCACUUGGGAAUUGUUCUGAGAAAAGAUGAAUCACCCUUUUGUGUCUCUUUUAGCUCCACCUGCUCCCCAAGAUCUUGCUCUUACCCAGGAUGGAGCACCAGGAAACCAGGUCCUGGCAGUCCCUCUUGAGAUGCCCGAGGCCCAGGAUUUGGUGCCAUCUGAUGUGGCAUGGCACUUGUCAAAAAGGGAGUGGUUGAGUCUGAAUCCUGAACAGAGGAUGCUGGCGUAUUACGGGAAUGUGACCUCCAUUGGGGUUCCUGUGUUGAAUCCUACCUUGGUCUCACACCUGGCACAAGGACAAGUACUGUUAGUCUCAGAUUCAUCCCUCAGCACAGAUGAAGCUAAGCAUUCCGAAAGCACCUCUGUGACUCGCCAGCUGACAAUGGGAAAAGAAGCCCAGUCACAGGAGAUGGCCUCGACGAGCUGCCCCAGGGCCAGUGACUCCAGUGCUGAGGUCAAACAGAAUGGAGACUUGGAUGGGAGGGGAGGGAGCCCACCAAAUCUACCCAUAGAACACCAUUUUGCAUGUAAAGAGUGUGGGGACACCUUCCGGCUUAAAGUGCUCCUUGUUCAGCACCAGAGGGUGCAUAGUGAAGAGAAGGGCUGGGAAUGUGGUGAUUGUGGGAAGGUCUUCAGGAGGGUGUCAGACUUUAAUGAGCACAGGAAAAGCCACAUGGCAACCCAGCCUCAACCUGGCCCCAGUCAGGCCCUGGAAGAUGUCAUGGAAAAGAGGGAGCAAAUGGAGAGAGAGACAAAUCCCUUUGAGUGUGAGGAGUGUGGGAAAAGGUUUAAGAAGAAUGCCGGCCUUAGUCAGCACCUGAGGGUGCACAGCAGAGAGAAGCCCUUUGAUUGUGAGGAGUGUGGGCAGUCCUUCAAAGCCAACACCCACCUCUUUCAACAUCAGAAGCUUCACACUUCGGAAAAGCCCUUCGCAUGCAAGGCAUGCAGCCGAGAUUUCUUGGAUCGCCAGGAACUUCUCAAGCACCAGCGAAUGCACACAGGCCACCUGCCCUUUGACUGCGACGACUGCGGCAAGUCCUUCCGUGGCGUCAAUGGCUUGGCUGAGCACCAACGCAUCCACAGUGGUGCCAAGCCCUAUGGCUGCCCACACUGUGGCAAGCUCUUCCGGAGGAGCUCGGAGCUCACCAAGCACCGGCGCAUCCACACGGGUGAGAAGCCAUAUGAAUGCAGCGAGUGUGGCAAAGCCUUCCGGCAGAGCUCCAGCCUUCUGGAGCACACUCGCAUCCACAGUGGAGAGCGCCCUUACGUGUGUGGCGAGUGUGGCAAAGCCUUCCGUGGGCCCUCUGACCUCAUCAAGCAUCGGCGCAUCCACAGUGGACUGAAACCCUAUGAAUGCGACAAGUGUGGCAAGGCCUUCCGGAGGAGCUCAGGCCUGAGUCGCCACCGGCGGAUCCACAGUGGGGCCAGACGCUGCGAAUGCAGUAAGUGCGGCCGCGUGUUCAAGAGGUGGUCAGCACUGCAGAAGCAUCAGCCCAGCCACCAAGAGUAGACAUGCCAGCACUGUGAGAAUACCUCUGGUUCCGAGAGGCCAUGGCAGAGUCAAAGGAGAUGAACUGUUUUGUACUGCUUAACUGUUUUAGCAUCAAAGAGGUUGAGCCAGUCUAUACUGCCACCAGCAAUUUCUAAGUGUGCACAUUUCCAUUACGCUCAUCAAGAGAAGCUUUGUCAUUUUUACUUAGCUUGGCUAGUUCACCUGGCAGAAAGCACUGUCAAAGUACUGUAAUCUUCAUGCCACGAAUGAGAAGGGAAAUCUAGAUGUAGGAACAGGAAGUGCAAGAAGGUCAUCUGUUCCAAGCUCUUCCCCUGAUGGAAACAAACACAGGUGGCCAACCAUGGUAUGAAUAUAAUGUGAUCCCGCCCUUGUGGAAGAGAAGGUUACCCCCAAAGUUUUUUGGCCUACUUGAAUUUAUAAAUUUUUAGGGAUGUAAACACAACAGUCAAAUAGCUUAAUAUUUAAUUUAUUAAUUUACUUAUGCAUAUAGUACCUAUUAUAAAUCACAUCCUAUAGAGAAUAAUAUAUUAAUUUAGAGAAUACAUCUUUUUUGCCAUGUGCCAUUUUAUGAAAUCAUUUUAUUCUAACUCCUCCCAUACAUUUUUGAACUCAUGGUCUUUGUAGACAUGAGAAUCCCUUAGCUUCAUCACACAGUUUUAGAGCACAGCCAGUCACUUCCAUUUGAACUCUGUGUGGUAGCACUGUGACAAUCCCUGCAUGAGGCUCUCACCAGAAAUUUCCUCCUAAGCCAUAAAAACAUAAUCAUAUAGUAUUAAUACGACAGCUCCUAUAACCAUGACAUAACCACUUAAAGUGGUGCUUUUUCAAAUGACCUUUAAAAAGGUAUUUUUUAGCAUCUAAAACAUUAGUCCUCAGUCACACUCCAAGUAAAAGUUACUGAAUUGAGGUUAUUUUUUGCCUCUGUUUCUUACGCCAAUUCACUCUGGUGACCCCUAUAGACAUCCAAACAAGCACUGAUUGAGAUUUUAGCCUAAUGGGUCUUGCCCUAAUGAGUCUUGCCCUCAAGCAGCAAUAUUGUGUUCUAAAUAUACUACAUGAUGAGAGCAACCCCAAUAAGAGGGGACUCUCUGGGACUUAAGGAUAGGGUGACAUGUCCCCGUUGGGAACAAGAGACUCUCCAGUUAUCAAGCCUGAGUGGUACUCGGUUUGCAGCUUUGUAAAGUGGGCAAGCAUAGUACCUACCUCCUGAAGUUAUGGUGAGGACUGCCAUCACACCUGUAGAGCACUGUACACACCAGCCUGGUGUGGAGGUACACCCUGAGUGAAAGUCAUAGUUACUGCUUUUGUCCUACACCUCAUUAGUUACAGAACCAAGGAUGAAUCCCAGGCCUCCUCCCUACUAGUCUCGUCUUUCAUGCAGUGACCUCAGUACUAUUCAGUUUUCUUGCAUGCAAAUUGUAUGUAUAUCUCCUUUGACUAGAUACCAAGUUACCUUUGCAUAUAUUGACUUUAUAGAACAGUUCUGUCUGUAUUGAUGGCAAUGUUCUUUUCCAGUUCUUAUUGCUUUGCCCUUCGUAGCACUCUAUAAUAUUUUUGUUGUGCAAGCAUUUGAUUUUUCCCUAUCUCAGCAUUCAUUUUUAUCUGUUAAGUGGCUGUCAUUGUUUCCAUAAUUAGAUAUGAUGACACUUUCUUCUAGAAUUUAUUUGUGAAUAAAAAUGCCCACUGGAAGGUACAGUCUCCAGGUGAGCAGUCAGGAUGAAAAUAGGCCUGAGAAGCUGGCACAUUCCUCAUCUGACAUGUAGACUGUGUACCUCUGUGGGUGGUACUUGACUAUCCAGUCUGGGCCCUGCAGACACUCUGGAGACAUGGUCAUCAUGUACUGCCCAGAGCACCCUUGACUGCUCAUCAGCAGAAUUCCAGCCACCAGCAGCAGGGCUAAGUCUUACCUACCAUCAGCAGCUGCCACAUCCUUCAAGCUUCCAGGAGCCUUGGCAAAGCUGGGCAUUAAUUUAGUGACUGAGCAGAUUUACUUAACUAGGAAAUAUCCCAGACACAAGAAGACCUACUUAACUGAUAUCAUCACAUGGACCAUAUCCUCCUCUCAGUAAGUCUGGAAAGAAACACCAGUUUGCUGUCUUCUGGUUUGGACAGAGGGAGAAAUUUGUCCACAUGUUCCAGUCUCACCUCCUGCAGCCUUAUCUAAGUUGGGCAAGAGAGCUUGAGACCUACAUGUCAUGCUGAUAGAAGCUGACUAUACUGUGCCUGGGCCAGAAUUUGCAGUUGUCACACCCAAAA